AUGAAAGCCUAUGCCAUACAAGCCUUGCGCUUUCGGGAGGACGAGGCCGUCAACUCUGCAGGGACCAACUACAACAUCAAUGGGCGUGGCAUCAACUACACAUAUCGAUACGCUACGGACUGCUAUGGCAACGGGAACUCUUACUACAAAUGUCCAGAGGGCACCUGGUGUCAAGUUGAAGCCAGGCCCAACUGGUAUCCAUGGGAUGUGAGCUACAUGAACCGCGGCAGAUGCUUGCCCUACUCCAAGUUGAACGAUGCCUGCGAGCCGGCUUUUGAGGGUAAGGUGGACUAUCCCAUGAAGGAAGACGGCCACUACUUUGAGCGCCCCGUCCACUGUGGCCCUGAAGAUGAACUGAUUUGCACGGGCGAGGAGACUGGCUGCUGGUCUUCGGAGCCCUUCUGCGCCGGACGUCCAGAUGGAGAAUGCCCCGAGCAUGCCAAGGCGAAGACAAGUGGGCGACCCAGAACACUUCCCGAAGACUCUUUCCGUGAAGGCACAGACACGUCCAGUGUGAAGAGUGGACGCAAGAUUUACGUUUAUUGGCCCCGUGCAACGGGUACACGACGUACCGCGCGCAAAAGCACCGCACAUGCCAUGGCAACCGCAUCUGCGGCAAACACGUGCAACGUGUCCACCACGUGCACUGCGUCCCUUGCACGCAGCACGUACCUCAUGUGGAGCACUCGGAACCUGCGUACAGCGCACACCCUAUCGAUAGCGCGCAUGCACACCGCCGCAGCAUAA